CUUAGUAUUUAAUGGCCAAUGUGGCUGCCACCUCAUCGUGAAUGUCGUGAUGCUGUGGAUGUUAUGUGAGCGUGGAACUUCUUUUUGGUGACACGGAACAACAUCUCUUUUCAGAGUAUUGUUGAGCCAAAUGAGCAAAAUGAUUCAGGCUCACGUAAAAGCCUUCCUGGCGAUCCUCCUAGUCGCUCAGGUUCAUGGCAUCAUGUUCUUCCUGGAGCCCAAUAGUCACAAGUGUCUAAAGGAGGAGGUUCACGCAAAUGUACUUGUCACAGGCGAGUACGAGGUAUCCGAGGCGAUGGGUCAGAAGGCGAAUUAUGUGAUUCAGGAUUCGAAAGGACAUAUAUUGUCUCAAAAGGAGGACAUUCCCCAUGGGAAACUGUUGAAAUUCUCUUUUGUAACAGAAACUUAUGAUACUUUUGAGAUAUGUUUCAUUUCGCGCGUUCCAAAUCAUCAGCGUGGUAUCAGGCAAGAAGUUACGCUGAUUACAAAACGCGGCAUUGAAGCAAAGAGUUACGAAGGCUUGAUCGGUGAAGCAGCCAAGUUGAAACCAGUAGAAGUGGAAUUGAAACGGUUGGAAGACUUGUCCGAGGCGAUAGUGCAAGACUUUGCAAGAAUGCGCAAGAACGAAGAAGAAAUGAGAGACACAAAUGAGGCCACAAACACUCGAGUAUUAUACUUCAGUUUAUUCUCGAUAUGUAUCCUCUUCGGUUUGUCCACUUGGCAACUUUUCUACUUCCGGCGCUUCUUUAGGAUGAAGAAACUCAUUGAAUAAAUAUUAAAUACGUUUGUGAUAAAUAAUACAAAUGUAAAAAAUAUACUUUUGUUUGAAUUUUUUAUCUUUGUUAUUCGUAAUUUCGUACUUUUGAGUGGAACACUUUUUACAUUCGUCACGUUUAAAAAGUUCUAUUUAAAUAAAUAUGCAAACACGCAUUCAAUCAUAAUAUCUCAUUCAAAUCAAUGUAAUAUAUGAUAAAACUUCAUCUCGUAUACAUCGCGCAUACAUUAUGUUACGGAGAACACAAUAUUUAAACAAUUGUAAGUUGAUAGAAACUUUCUUAAAU